AUGGGCUCCUGUUACGGCAUGGAAACGAAGAACCCUGCCAUUGCGGUUCCCGGUUCCCCCUCCUUCUGCAUAAGUCUUGCCAUGAUGACGCACGACCGCAUUGAGGCAGCGCCAGUCCGCCACGGAGACGACAGCAAGGACGAGAAGCUGGGUGAGGGCGCGGGUCCGACGUGGCACAGCAGCUCCGAGGAGGUUGUCGGCGAGAUCCAGGAGCUGUCGGCGAAGCAGCAGGCCGACCUGGAGAAGCAGCGGGCGAUCGAGGGCGACGAGCGAUUCCACCGGCUGGGCUGGAAGCGUCUCACGAUCGUGCUGCUGGUCGAGGCCAUUGCGCUGGGCGCGCUCAGCGUGCCCUCGGCCUUUGCUACGCUGGGCCUGGUCCCGGGCACCAUCGUUUGCGUCGGCCUCGGCUUCAUCGCCAUCUACACAUCCUACAUUGUCGGCCAGGUGAAGCUGCGGUACCCGCACGUGUCGCACUAUGCCGACGCCGGCCGCCUGUUGAUGGGCCGAUUUGGCUAUGAGCUGGUCGGCGCCAUGUUCGUGCUCCAGCUCGUCUUUCUCGUCGGCUCGCACUGCCUCACAGGUGCCAUCGCCUUCAACAACAUCACCGACGAUGCCAUCUGCUCCGUUAUCUUCGGCUUCAUCUCUGCCGUCAUCCUGCUGGUGCUGGCCAUCCCGCCGUCCUUCUCAGAGGUGGCCCUGCUCGGCUAUGUCGACUUUGUCUCCAUCGUCCUCGCCAUCGGCAUCACCAUCAUCGCCACCGGCAUCGACUACACCAAUGCGGGACAAGUGGCGCUGACUAAGCAGCCCUACCAGCUGUGGCCGGCCGACCACCUUUCGCUCGCCGACGCCUUUAUCGCGCUCGGCAACAUCAUCUUCGCCUACAGCUUUGCCGUCUGCCAGUUCUCCUUCAUGGACGAGAUGCACACGCCCGAGGACUUCCCCAAGGCCAUCUGGGCCCUCGGCAUCAUCGAGAUCAUCAUCUACACCCUCACCGGCGCCCUCAUCUACGUCUUCGUCGGCCAGGACGUGCAGGCGCCCGCCUUGCUCUCGGCCGGAAAAACCGUGUCCAAGGUCGCCUUUGGCGUAGCCCUACCUGUCAUCUUCAUCUCUGGCGCCAUCAACACUACUGUCGCCGCACGCUACAUCCACGGACGCGUGUUUGAGAAGUCCGUCAUUCGUUACAUCAACACCAAGAUGGGUUGGAUCACCUGGCUGGCGCUUAUCACUGUCAUCACCAUCAUCGCCUGGAUCGUCGCUGAGGCUAUCCCCUUCUUCUCUGACCUGCUCUCAAUCUGCUCAUGCCUUUUCAUCUCUGGAUUUACCUUUUACUUCCCCGCCGCCUUCUGGUUCAAGCUGCUUAAGGAAGGCCACUGGUAUGAGCGCAAGAACAUUGUCAAGAGUAUUGUCAAUGGCAUCAUCUUCAUCAUCGGCAUGAUUGUGCUGGGUGUAGGCACCUAUGCUAGCGUUACCGACAUUAACAAUGGGUACAAGAAUGGAACUGUCCGUGGAGCGUUCAGCUGCAAGGCAUCUUGA